AUGGUAGAUACUAGAAUCUAUGAUGAUUGUAAUGGAAAUAGACAUGUGGGUGCUGUCGUUGGCUGCCCUGAUCGGAAGAUUGAUGGCCUUCUUCUGCCACCAGAAAAACACAAAAAAGCAAUUGAUGUAUACGGAAAUUGGGUCCCUGGUUGUGUAUUAAUUUCGGCUGAUACCAUGGGCAAGAAAGGGAUCCCUUUGAAAGAAUGUUCACAGCUUUCGAAGAAAACCUCUCUAAAUCGAUUUUUCCAGGAAUUCCCUCUUCCAACUGAAGACAAUAUCAAACUUGGGAUGAGUUUUGAUGAAACAAGAAGAAGACUGAAUGAGGAGAUGAGAGAGGAAGAUGAACGGUUGCAGCAACUGUUGGCCGACGAGGAGGCUGAGAUGAGCAAAGAUGAAGAAGAAGAAGAGGACUCCGAGGAACGAGAGGAACAAAUGCGAAAAGAGCGAGAAAGAAAUCGCAUGGAAAGGUUGGUCACUUGGUAUUUACUUCAGAAAACUUCUAGAGAAUAG